AGCAACUUGAAAAUAAGGCAAUAUCCAUUUCGCGUCAUUGAUCCGAUCGGAGAUUUCACAAAACGCCGCCGAGCGGUCGAGUCAGCGCGAGCACCGAGCCGAAUGAUGCAUCGAGACAACCCACACAGUCCUUUCCAGCGCGCGGGUGCUGAGUGAUUCGACUAGUCUAACCUAGGCUGAAUGAACCAGAGUCUGCAGCAGCGCCUAAGUUACAUAUAAGUUCGUUUCUUAUGCCCCGCUUGGGAGCCGCGCGAGGGCUUUCGUCACACUUUCCGCAAACUCCGCCUGGCAGGAGCGCGCGCGCAAUGGCCGGCUUGUCUUUUUCGAGGGUUAAGUCAAAUAUAAAAGGAUUCGUGCGACCCAAGACCAGAAGAAAAACAAUACCUGUCCCAGCUACAUCUGUCACCCUCUUCUCCUCUACUGUAGAGCUCUGAACAGAACGUCCACCAUCAUGCAGAUCGCCGAAGUAACUUCAUGGUCCGAAGGACCCCGCUACACCACCGCUGCCAAGCCGCCGGCUGCGACCCCCGACGAGAUCCGACUUCGCGUGCUUGCCGCCGGCGCCCAUCAAGUCGUGCGAUCUCGCGCGUCGGGCAAGCACUACUCCGCCAAAACCCUUCCUCAUUACCCCGGAAUCGAUGGCGUGGGCCGCGAUGAAUCGACAGGCACGCUUUAUUACUUCAUGUACUUUGGCGACAGGUUCGGCAGCUUCGCCGAGUACGUCAAUGUGCCAAAAGACGCCACUCUGAUCCAGCUGCCUGACGGUACGGAUCCAGUUGCCUUUGCGGCGAGUGUCAAUCCAGCCAUGUCGAGCUGGAUGGCAAUCACACAGCGCACGAAUGAUCUCCCCAAAGAUUGGACCGCGCUCGUCAUCGGUGCCACGAGUGCCAGUGGGCGAUUGGCUGUCUAUGCCGCGAAGGCGCUGGGUGCGGCCAAGGUCAUUGGUGCUGCCAGAGGUGAGGAGACCUUGAAGGCCGUCGAGGGAUUGGACGGGCACGUCAUACUGAAGGACAACGUGAGGGAGACGGAUUUCUCAAGCUUGGAGCCAGACGUUAUCCUAGAUUAUGUCUACGGCGACGUCACACACCACUUGCUUACUAGUCUAAAGACGAAGAGACCAGUGCAAUAUGUGCAGAUAGGCACCCUUUCGAAACAACCGGAGAUAUCCCUCGCAGGCCCCCUGCUGCGCUCGACCAACUUGACGAUUAGAGGCGCAGGCCCCGGAAGCUGGAGGCUCUCUGCACUGGAGGUGGAGUUGAAGACACUGGUGCCUACAAUGGCCAAGUGGCCCGCUCUCAGUGCUGCAGCAGUGCCUCUAAAGGAUAUUGAGACAGCCUGGACAGACAGCUCAAUCAAGGGCAGAGUUGUUUUUGUGCCCUAGCCGUAAAAAAUGAUACCAAGGCACCGAAACGGGCAGCUAAGCUGAAGGAAUCGGCGUCCCAACAUCAAAGUCUUGUUGAUUCAACCCAAAUCAUGCGAAGUAACUAAUUAUUCAAUGUAUCACAAUGUUUUAUCAAAUUGCUUCAAAGCCCUUAUUAUAUUCACGCUUUCAUCGCCGUA